AUGAAGAGAGGGAACAGCAGAACAGAGGAGAAGGUACAGCAGAACAGAGGAGAAGACUGGCUGCCGAGUACCCAACAAGGCUAUAGAGAGCCCAGGCUGCCGAGUACCCAACAAGGCUAUAGAGAGCCCAGGCUGCCGAGUACCCAACAAGGCUAUAGAGAGCCCAGGCUGCCGAGUACCCAACAAGGCUAUAGAGAGCCCAGGCUACCAAGUACCCAACAAGGCUAUAGAGAGCCCAGGCUACCGAGUACCCAACAAGGCUAUAGAGAGCCCAGGCUGUUGAGUACCCAACAAGGCUAUAGAGAGCCCAGGCUGCCGAGUACCCAACAAGGCUAUAGAGAGCCCAGGCUACCGAGUACCCAACAAGGCUAUAGAGAGCCCAGGCUACCGAGUACCCAACAAGGCUAUAGAGAGCCCAGGCUGUUGAGUACCCAACAAGGCUAUAGAGAGCCCAGGCUGCCAAGUACCCAACAAGGCUAUAGAGAGCCCAGGCUGCCAAGUACCCAACAAGGCUAUAGAGAGCCCAGGCUGCCAAGUACCCAACAAGGCUAUAGAGAGCCCAGGCUGCCAAGUACCCAACAAGGCUAUAGAGAGCCCAGGCUGCCAAGUACCCAACAAGGCUAUACAGAGCCCAGGCUAUUGAGUACCCAACAAGGCUAUAGAGAGCCCAGGCUGUUGAGUACCCAACAAGGCUAUAGAGAGCCCAGGCUGUUGAGUACCCAACAAGGCUAUAGAGAGCCCAGGCUGUUGAGUACCCAACAAGGCUAUAGAGAGCCCAGGCUGUUGAGUACCCAACAAGGCUAUAGAGAGCCCAGGCUGCCAAGUACCCAACAAGGCUAUACAGAGCCCAGGCUAUUGAGUACCCAACAAGGCUAUAGAGAGCCCAGGCUGUUGAGUACCCAACAAGGCUAUAGAGAGCCCAGGCUGCCAAGCUAUAGAGAGCCCAGGCUGCCAAGUACCCAACAAGGCUAUAGAGAGCCCAGGCUGCCAAGUACCCAACAAGGCUAUAGAGAGCCCAGGCUGUUGAGUACCCAACAAGGCUAUAGAGAGCCCAGGCUGUUGAGUACCCAACAAGGCUAUAGAGAGCCCAGGCUGUUGAGUACCCAACAAGGCUAUAGAGAGCCCAGGCUGCCAAGUACCCAACAAGGCUAUACAGAGCCCAGGCUAUUGAGUACCCAACAAGGCUAUAGAGAGCCCAGGCUGUUGAGUACCCAACAAGGCUAUAGAGAGCCCAGGCUGUUGAGUACCCAACAAGGCUAUAGAGAGCCCAGGCUGUUGAGUACCCAACAAGGCUAUAGAGAGUCCAGGCUGCCGAGUACCCAACAAGGCUAUAGAGAGCCCAGGCUGCCAAGUACCCAACAAGGGUAUACAGAGCCCACGCUGUUGAGUACCCAACAAGGCUAUAGAGAGCCCAGGCUGUUGAGUACCCAACAAGGCUAUACAGAGCCCAGGCUGUUGAGUACCCAACAAGGCUAUAGAGAGCCCAGGCUGUUGAGUACCCAACAAGGCUAUACAGAGCCCAGGCUGUUGAGUACCCAACAAGGCUAUAGAGAGCCCAGGCUGCCAAGUACCCACUCUGUUCCCCCCUCCCUAAAAAAAUGUGGCAUCAUGCCUUCACCAUAG